AUGGCUGAGUAUCAUGAUCCAGUUCCACCUGGUCAGUCGCGCCAGCCGAAACCAACUAGCAUCUAUGAUAUUCCAUACUGUCCGUACUGGGCCCAAAGCCAAGUCCAAUACGCACAAAACCUUCUAGAGUGUUCUGGCGAGCCGAUCGAGUACGACCACGACGACAGAGACUACUGGGAUAACAGUUUCUUUUUUCCUGAAGACUGCUCUUGGUCACCACCCAAGGACUGGAUCGUCGAACAACAAGUCUCCUAUCCCCACAUCACACUCCACAGCCUCUCCGACACCAUGAUUCCCGGUCUACCCGACAUCAAGAUGCUGGAUGCGGAGGCCCUCAGUGACCUGCUAGAGGACAACCUUUCGCCCCCGGAGAUCACCUCCAUUCUAGUGUUUGCUACUAAUGGAGCUAUCUUCGCCUCCGCCUCCUCCCUGCCCCUACGCCAGCUACGCAACCUGAGUGCAACUUACGGUGCUGCCUACACAUGUUAUGCCAAGAACGUUUCGAGUGGUAACCUAACAGGCGUCAACCCCGCUAGUCAUCCAUCUUCAUACGUGACUGCCCAAUCCGUGUCACUUGGUGAUGUGGGUUCAAUCGUCUUUGAACUCGAGGACCUGGUUGCCGUUGUUACCCAGAUCGCAGACAAGGUUCUCCUUGCUGCCAUGGGCCCGUCUAAAAUCGAUCCCGUAGGACAAGGCACAAGUCCUACCCUGAAUGGCACACAGGGAACUACGACCACCGCCAACGGCUUCAGAUCCGGAAUAGAUGCAAGCGCGACAACGGAGUUCCUUAUGAGCAACCCUACUACCAACUGCCCGUCUGCCAAUCAGACCUCCCCUCACACGGGGACCCCAAAUACCAUCUCUCGAAGUCAUAGCGGCUCUAACAUGGAAGGUGACGCACACCUGGAAACGCAAUACGAAAUCGACCGCAGCAGCGACCUGGCGCGUCUGUCAAGUUUAAACCUGUCCGCAUCUCCGGCUAUUCUCCUUGCGUUGGAGUCCAAAUCAGCGGCUUUGGGAAGAUUCCUCAGUCAAAAACUAGAGGAUCUCGAAAGCCCUGAAGAUUUUUAG